AUGCCGAAGUCUGCCACCUUGGGGAUGAACUCGCCGUCUAGGAGGAUGUUCUCCGGCUUGAUGUCGCAGUGGAUGAUGCAGUCACGGCACCUCUCAUGCAGAUAGGCCAGCCCCCUGGCGGUCCCCAGGAUUAUCUGGUACCUCGUCUUCCACCCCACCGGCGGCGCCGCCUGGCCCCUGAACAGAGCGCGGUCCAGUGAACCUCCGGGCAUGUAAUCGUAGACCAACAGCCUCCUCGAGCGAUGCGAACAGAACCCCCGGAGGCGAACCAGGUUGACGUGCUGGAUCGUUCCGAUGGUGCAGACCUCCGAUCGGAAUUCCUUCUCUCCCUGCCUGAGGCCUUCCAGCUUCUUCACGGCCACCUCGGUGGAGUCCCCCAUUGUCCCUCUGUACACUGACCCGAACCCUCCUCCUCCGAGCUUGUCGGAGAAGUUCCCCGUCACACGUUUCAGCUCACUGUACCUGAAAACCACCAGCGACCCCUCCACCAGCCUCAAACCACGGAACUUCCUCUGGCGCCAGCGCCAAACCAUUGCCAAGGCGAGAGCCACGACGGCCACGGCCCCAGCACUGGUGCCGACAGCGAUCUCCACGGUCGCCUUCUUCCCCGACGCCGGCGACGGGAACUCGAGCACCGCCAGGCGGAGGUGGAGGGUCCCCCCGCCUCGGAUACUAUCGGGGAGCUGCUGCAGAUCGAACAGAGCGUCAUACCACAGGGAGCAUCCCCCGUCGUAGGAAUAACCGGUGCAAGAGCAGUUGCCCAAGCACGCGGAUUCACACUCCUCGGCGCUGCGGGCCGUCGCCGCCGCCGGCUCCGCCGGCAGCCUCACGUUGGGCAUGGUGUAGAACCUGUCCUCGCCACCGCACUUCAGCGGCGUCCUCCUUGCGCAGCCGCUGGUUAGGUCGCCGAGUUCCCAGUCCACCGGCGAGGCCUUUUCGAAGCCCAUUGCGCAGGCGCAGUGGGGCAUCGUCUUCUCGCUGCAGAUGCCGAAUGGCCCGCAGAGGCGGUAGACGUCGCACUGCGGUCGCGGCUGCGACCAGAACUGCAUCCACUCGCCGGCGCCGGCGAUCCAGGUGAGCUGCUUUAUCUGGCCGGAGAUGUCCACCACGAACCUGGAGAUCACGUCGCUGCUAAGCGUGGUGUUGUAGGUGAAGUAGGUCUCCUCCUCGCCGGAGACGAAAGCGAAGUCGUAGAUGUAACCGGGGACCAUCUCGGGGACGUUGCUGAAGAUCCGGCCGUUCCAGGCGCCGCUGGACCAGAACUCGUGGGAGGAGUUCCACAGGAUGAAGUAUUGGCUGCUGCUUGCGCUAGGGUCGAUCUCGAGGGAGAAGAUCCCCGGGGCAGGGUCCUCGGAGUUCUUCCAUGAGACCAGCCGCUGGACCUCGCCGGUGAGCUUGUUCAUCCCCAGCUUGCCGCCUGGGAGCCAGCUGUCCGUCGGGUGGUCGAAGCUCUGCCAGAAGACGUUUCCUGAGUCGAGCCCGUCUCUCAGAAUCAGGUUGCCAGUAUUCAGAAGCUCCGCCACCGUGGAGUUGGAGGAUAUGGAGGUGGCGUUGGUGGACCAGACGGGUUGCUUGGCCUCGUCGAGGAGGACCAGGUUGCCGUCGCCGGAGAUGGAGAGCUCGGAGGCGGCGGCGCUACGAAGCGGUGCCGCCCUGUUAGCCACCCACACCGGGGUUCUUCGGGAGACCUUCGUGUACCAGAUGCCGGCGUAGAAUCUACCAGUCUUACCCGGGGAGAAGAAACCCAGCUCGAAGACCCCGCCAUGGGAGACCAAGGUGCUGUCGCCGGCGAGGGGUCGGCCGGCGGAGAUGGAGCUUGUUGCAGAGCCGGUAGAGGUUUCGAGGGCACCAGAAAAGACGAGGACCAGAAGAGGGACCUGAAGGGACAGCAGCCAUAGCCAUCCCGAAGGUUUCUUAACCAUUAGAAACGCCGCUUGCUGUGCCUGAACUGAGAGCGAGGACGGAGUGCCCGCCGGCGCAGGGCAAGAGAGCAGCACAUCAGACAACAGAUGGCGGAGGCGGUGGAAGAGGACGCUCUUAAGCCCACUACGGUGACCCGAUCGUGCACCACUCCUCCCGCUCCUCCAAACCCCACUGAGGGACAAGAACGCCGAACCCGGCCCUUCCCUCCCCGACGUUUCCUCGGAAGGUUCGCCGAUGGGGCCGCUUCAUUUAUUGACGGCCCACCGAACCCGGCCUUUCCCCCGCCGACGUUUGCUGGAUCGAGUCGGUGACUAGCUUCCCCUUCAAUGCCGCGACGAUGGGAGGGAAGGUAGAUGCCAAGUUGCAGCGGGCAUUAACUCAUAGCAGGCUCUCUCUCUCUCUCUCUCUCUUUAAGAGGGAUAGAGGGCUGCGCUUCAUUUCAAGACUUGUGACUGAGAUAUUUUUUUAUCUGAGUGAAUCUCAAGAGAUCGAGGAAAGAAGGAGAGUAGAGACCGAGAAGAUGCCACCGAAGUUGCAGCCAAUGUGUUGUUAUUGAGAUGAGCCAUCCUCAAGGUUCAGAAGAAUGAAGGAGUUUUUCCUCAUAAGCAACACAUGUAGAAGAGCCGAAUGGCUCGUAAGGUGCUUUGCCACUUAUGCAACAUGAGCUCUAUGAGGGCACAUGAAAUAGUUUGCUUUAUUUAGGUUAGAUAUUAAGAACUUGUGCAAUGAGGAUAUUUUUUUUUCAAUUUCAUGUUAGUGUCGUAGAAAUGGACAUGGGGGGAUAUAUGCCGCUAGGGAGAAAAAGAUGUCUAAUCAAUUAUGGCAAUGGUUGAAGCCUUAUUAUACUACAAAACUAUUAGUACUCCCCUAAGUUUGACACUAAUACCUAAUAGAAGGAGGUUGGAGGAUAAAAAUCGUAAAGGGUGGCCAUAAGAACAGUCAUGCAGUAGAUCAUAGUAAGAUCACAAUGGAGAUUAUAGUGGCAAGUAGACCCAUCAAACAAGUGAUCGAGAGAAGUAGGGUGACAAAGGGCAAUAGGGCUUAUGUCAAUGGCAACUAUCAGUGGUUACAUUUCUCACAAAGAGGGGUGAUUUGGUAAAAGGCUGUAAACUUAAAUAUUUUUUUGAAAGAUAUUCACCUUUGGUUAAUUGAUUUAGUCAUUUAUUUACCCUAAUAUGUUCUCACUUGAGAAAACUCAAUUAGUUUGUUUACACUUUUACCUUGAUCAACACAAUUGAUUAUAUGAGUGGUUUGCUUAAACACCUACAUCAACUUCUCAAGGUUUCAGCCUUGUGUUACACUAUGAUAUGAUAUUAACAUAAAGCUGCAUGUUAAAACUGUACAGCUUCAAUAUUCUCUAAGAUUAUAUUAGAUACAAACAUCAUCACUAGUAUGAAAAAAAAGGUUCCCAUACUCUUCUAACUCACCUUGGAUGACUUAGUGAGCCAACGUGAGGAGGAUUUGAGGCCUCCAAUUAUCCUUUGA